AACAUUUAAAAUAUUUCACGAUACCGUCGGGAAUUACGACGAAUUUUGUAUUUUGUUCCCGUUUCUACUUUUCAGCGGUAUGGCGACAUUACAAGUGUUAUGCCCCAAUGGCAGAAGGCAAAAUGUGAAAAUUACACCAAACACAAAGCUUUUACAGGUACUGGAAGAUGUUUGCCAGAAACAGAAGUUUCUCCCACCUGAGGAUUACAAACUUAUACAUGGUAGAACAACAUUAGAUUUAACAUUAUCUGUGCGGUAUGCUAAUCUGCCAAACAAUGCCAAACUUGAGUUGGUGAAAGCUGAGAAGUCACGUGCUGAAACAGAGGUGCUGAUUGCCCUGCAACUCGAGAAUGGAGAAAGAUUACAACAUUCUUUUUCUCCUGGGACUAGCCUCUGGGAACUGUUACUUCAUUGGGAAAAUCAGCAAGAAAGUGCUCUGAAAGAUAAGUUUACAAAAGUGGAUAGCACACAGAGUCCGGCACUACAUCCGGUGUGUAUCUAUAUGAGAGAGGAGGUGGCAGGGGAGCUGGCUUUGAGAGAGACCAAGCUCCGUACACUGGGGCUCACUGGCGGUAAAGCUGCUUUAAGGUUACUCCACAGGCCAGUUGAUGAGAAGACAUUGGCAGAUAUUGCAAACAAGAUUGAGAAAGAAAAAUUACGUAAAGCUAAGCUUGAGCAGACAGCAUCAAAACAGAAAAGCCCAAUGCCUUCUUCGUCCAACUCUACAACAGAAACCAGUGUUCAGUCUUCCAUGUCCGUGGAAUCCCAGGGAAAUGUUGUAAAUGAAUCAAGUGCCCAGAUAAAGACAGACAAUGCAGCAAUUUCAUUAAAUAUUAAUGUAAAUAUACAAAAUGACAAUACAGCAACUACCACAGAGAGAACUACUCCAAAAGCAGAGCCUGGAGAACCUUCUCCUAAAGUUGUUAGGUUGGAGGAGGAGCCAGUAGUGUCACAUGACAGUUGUGAACCAAUGGAAGUUGAGCAGCCUCAGACUGGUGAGAAUGUCAUGGAGACUGAAGAUGCUGUGUCAUCUAGUAUAGAAGUUGAAAAGGCUCCUCAGGCUCAAAGACAGUCGGAUCCAGCCGGGUCAGGUCAGUCAGCUGUAGAUAGGUUGAGAGGUAUACCUGGUAUAGAGGUUUACACCCCUGAUGACUUCAAUGAUUUACCACCAGAACAACAACAGGUUGCCAGGAGAUUAGCCCAAUCAUUCCUUGCCAACAUGGGGGCUCAAGGGUUCAAUGUAAACCAGCAAUUACCACCAGGGGCAGCAGCUCAAAAGAAGCCCAAGAAGCCAAGACAGCAAGCGGCACCUUUUGCUGAUUUCAAGUUUCCAGAAGCAACAAAGGGUCAGAAUCUUUAUAAUAAUGAAAUGAGUUGUGUCAGAAAAGAAGAAUUCCAGCCAUGUGACAGAAAGACCAAAGUGUUCAAUGUUGAAGAAUCUGUUUCAGUGAAAGAACCAAGUGGACAAGAUGAUGAUUUGCCAGAUGAGUUUUUCGAACUAACAGAUCGUGAUAUGAGAAGUUUGAUAGCUGCCCAACAGAAAAGAUUGCAAGAAAUAGAAGACCAGCCAUUGAUGACCUCUACAAUGAGGAAAGCUAAGCUUGAAGCAGAGUACUCUAGAUAUGACAGGGUUGUUAUACGUGUACAGUUCCAUGAUAAACUUACAUUGCAAGGCCUUUUCAGACCUAGAGAAACAAUUUUUGCUGUGAAGAAAUUUGUAAAGGAACAUCUUGAAGAUAAGAGUAUGCCUUUUUAUCUGUACACAGCACCACCCAAGAAUGUUCUUAAAGAUGAUACUCAAGAUCUGAUUGAGGCACGUCUUGUUCCAGCAACAGUAGUUUACUUUGGAAGUGAACAGCAAAAAGAUCAUUAUUUAUCAGAAGCAGUGCUAUCAGAAUUGUCUCCAAAGUUACAAGCUGAUAUUUUGGUAGCGGAGUGCUUGAAUGAAUUGAAUGAGCAAAAAGAAUCAUCAUCAUCAUCAGUACAGUCAUCAUCAGCUAAAGGGAAGAAACCAGCCAACUAUAAUCCAUCAUCGUCAUCAUCGUCAUCAGCAUCAGCACAGAAUUCAGAUAAAUCUGUUCCUAAAUGGUUCAAAGUUGGGAAGAAAUGAUAAAGAAACAUGGAGGUGCUUUCUGUGAAAAUUUUCUAUUUAUUUAUGUUAUUAUUGAAUUAUUAUAAGUCUUUUUUGAAAUUCUCAGCAUUUUUCAUACACUUUACAGUCUGUGUGUAUUUUCCUUAGGAUUGUUUUUCCAUUGGACAUAGUUUUCAGCUUAUAAUAUGAAAUGGUCUUAAAAUUGUUUUAAUUUUAACAGACAGAUAGAGUUACUGCAACAUAUUAACUUAUUGUCAAACAGUGAUAUGAAUUCAAAGAUAUUUAUAAAAUGGAAGGACAGCUUUACAUGUUUAAGCAAAAGGUCUUGUAACUUUAGAAAGGCUACAAAAUUAUAAAAGUAUGCUAUAAAAGAUUUAUAUGUGUAUUUAUAAUUGGUUCGUGCGUAGGUCACGUCUUUACAAGCAUGAGAUGCAUCUUUUUCGUUAUUAAAUAGAUUAAAAACGAUGGAUUUCAUA